AGGUCCCGGGAGGCCCCGCCGGCCGCGCCGAGAUGUGGAAUCCCCUGCACGAAGCCGACUCGACCUUUCUCGCUUGGCGCCGCCCGCGCUGGCUGUGCGUUGGGGCACUGGUGCUGGUCGCAGGCCUCUUGAUCGUCGGCUUCCUCUUCGGAUGGUUUAUAAAAUCCUCCAAUGAACCUACUAACAUUGUUCCACAGCAUAAUGUGAAGAAGGCAUUUUUGGAUGAAUUGAAAGCUGAGAACAUCAAGAGGUUCUUAUAUAAUUUUACACGGCUGCCACAUUUAGCAGGAACAGAACAAAACUUUCAGCUUGCAAAGCAAAUUCAAUCCCAGUGGAAAGAAUUUGGCCUGGAUUCUGUUGAGUUAGCCCAUUAUGAUGUCCUGUUGUCCUAUCCAAAUAAGACUCAUCCGAACUACAUCUCAAUAAUUGAUGAAGACGGAAAUGAGAUUUUCAACUCAUCGUUAUUUGAACCACCUCCUCCAGGAUAUGAAAAUGUUUCAGAUGUUGUGCCACCUUUUAAUGCCUUCUCUCCCCAGGGGAUGCCAGAGGGUGAUCUUGUGUAUGUUAACUAUGCGCAGACUGAAGACUUCCUUAAACUAGAGAGGGACAUGAAAAUCAAUUGCUCUGGGAAGAUUGUGAUUGCCAGAUACGGGAAAAUUUUCAGAGGAAAUAAGGUUAAAAACGCCCAGGUGGCAGGGGCCAAAGGAGUCAUUCUGUACUCAGAUCCUGCUGAUUACUUUGCUCCUGGGGUGGAGUCCUAUCCAGAUGGUUGGAAUCUUCCUGGACACGGUGUCCAGCGUGGAAAUAUCUUAAAUCUUAAUGGUGCAGGAGACCCUCUCACACCUGGUUACCCAGCAAAUGAAUACGCUUAUAGACAUGAAAUCACAGAGGCUGUUGGUCUUCCAAACAUUCCUGUUCAUCCAAUUGGAUACUAUGAUGCACAGAAGCUCCUGGAGAAAAUGGGUGGGGCAGCGCCGCCAGAUAGCAACUGGAAAGGAAAUCUCCACGUGCCCUACAAUGUUGGACCUGGCUUUAUUGGCAACUUUUCUACAAGAAAAGUCAAGAUGCACAUCCAUUCUAACAACAAAGUGACAAGAAUCUACAAUGUGAUUGGAACUCUCAGAGGAGCAGUAGAACCAGACAGAUAUGUCAUUCUUGGAGGUCACCGUGACUCAUGGGUGUUUGGUGGCAUUGACCCUCAGAGCGGAGCAGCUGUUGUUCAUGAAAUUGUGAGGAGUUUUGGAACACUGAAAAAAGAAGGAUGGAGACCUAGAAGAACAAUUUUGUUUGCAAGCUGGGAUGCAGAAGAAUUUGGUCUUCUUGGUUCUACUGAGUGGGCAGAGGAGAAUUCCAGACUCCUUCAAGAGCGUGGUGUGGCCUAUGUUAAUGCUGAUUCUUCUGUAGAAGGAAACUAUACUCUGAGAGUCGAUUGCACCCCACUAAUGUACAGCUUGGUAUACAACCUAACAAAGGAGCUCCAAAGCCCCGAUGAAGGUUUUGAAGGCAAAUCUCUUUAUGAGAGCUGGAAUGGAAAAAGUCCUUCACCGGAGUUCAGUGGCAUGCCCAGGAUUAGUAAGUUGGGAUCUGGUAAUGACUUUGAGGUGUUCUUCCAAAGACUUGGAAUUGCUUCAGGCAGAGCACGGUACACUAAAAAUUGGGCAACAAGCAAAUCCAGGAGCUAUCCUUUGUAUCACAGUGUCUCUGAAACAUAUGAAUUGGUGGAAAAAUUUUACGAUCCAACUUUUAAGUAUCACCUCGCUGUGGCCCAGGUUCGAGGAGGGAUGGUAUUUGAACUAGCCAAUUCCAUAGUGCUCCCAUUUGACUGUCGAGAUUAUGCUAUAGUUUUGAGAAAGUAUGCUGACAAAAUCUACAAUAUUUCAAUGAAACAUCCACAAGAAAUGAAAACAUACAGUGUGUCAUUUGAUUCACUUUUCUCUGCUGUGACGAACUUUACUGAAAUUGCUUCUAAGUUCAGUGAGAGACUUCAACACUUGGACAAAAACAACCCAAUAUUAUUGAGAAUUAUGAAUGAUCAACUGAUGUUUUUGGAACGAGCAUUUACUGAUCCUUUAGGAUUACCAGACAGGCCUUUCUAUAGGCAUGUCAUCUAUGCUCCCAGCAGCCACAACAAGUAUGCAGGGGAGUCAUUCCCAGGAAUUUAUGAUGCUCUGUUUGAUAUUGAAAGCAAAGUGGAUCCUUCCAAAGCCUGGGGAGAAGUGAAGCGACAGAUCUCCAUUGCAGCCUUUACCGUGCAGGCUGCAGCCGGGACUCUGAGAGAAGUAGCCUGAGGUGGUUCUUCAGAGAACCCGUAUUGAAUAGGUAUGGUCUAUCACUCAGAAAGAAUCAUGAAAGGCAUAUUCUAAAAAAUAAACUAAAAAAUAUAGUUAAUACACACACACACAUACACAUCUUAACAUUCUUCUCCCUAUGAAUCAAAAAAGAAAGAUGGACAAUUUUUAUUCUAUAAUUAUAAAAGGUUAUUCUGAAUUUGAACUAAAGGUUAAAAUUAAGGCAAACGCCUACUAUAUUAAAACUCCUAUGUGGCAUUAUAGGGAAUCGAGUCUAAUUCAGCACUGGCAUCAGCCCUACUGGCCACCCAGGGCUGAGAGAUCAUUAUCUUAGCAAACUAGUUGAGCUACUCUGGUCUAAUCAUGCUGGGGUAAAUAUAGUCACUCUAUACCAUAAAGGCUAAUUACGUUUAUUAAAUUAGCAAAUAUCCUAUUUAUAUCAAAGGGUAUAUGUAACAUUAUGUACAGUAAAAAAUAUUAAAUAAAUUAACAUUUGUAGAACUGCCCCCCCCAAAUAACCAGUUUGAGAAAGAAACGUUACCAAUAUCUUUGAAUCCCCUAUCACUAACCAGUGUGCCUUCAUCUUCUGCCAGAGAUACUCACUUUCUUGAAUCUUACGUGAGUCUUUUCUGUUAUUUAUCGUUAUUCAACACAUUGCUAUAUUCCUUAUAUGUGUUGGGGUUUGUGUA